CGUGUAGAAUAGUCUACAGAGUAUUUGUCUUUGUCCUAUAUAGCCUAGUAGUGCACUUGUUUUUUCAUUUACUGAGGCUAAUUUAUGCAGCUGCCAUGACCAUUUUAUCCUGACGGGGACUGACUAAUGUCUUUACCAUUUCCCACUACUCUAUCGCAAGAGCCUUUUGGAAGCACCUGCAUCAACGCGCAAAGGAAGGAGCCCGUUGUUUUCUACCGCGGACAUAUGAACUCAAGACAUUAGGCUUUGGAUAUAGGCUGCCCGUAGCCAUGCAACGGCACCUCACAUCAAAGAUUCUGUGGGGAAGAAGAUGCUGCUUUGAAACUGGAGCAUUGUUAACCAUGAUGUAGAGGUUCCUUCCGGCUAAAUCGGGUUGGAUUAUGUAGCUCGCGAUAGGCUUGCUGGCGAGUUUACGUUGCACUGUGAUUUGAACCUCAGUUUUCCUAAGGUGAUCCAUGUCCCUGUGUUUUUGCCUUUGUCAACAUGUCCCCAGCAUCGGCUGCCACCGCCAGUGAGAGCAGCACCACUACCGUUCCAGAGGAGGACACAGAGGAGAGCCCCCGCGAGGAGCAGCGGCCCCUGAAGCAGUCGCUCAGUAAAUCCCUGUGCAGGGAGAGCCACUGGAAAUGCCUGCUCCUGUCCCUGCUCAUGUACGGCUGCGUGGGGGCCAUGACCUGGUGCCACGUGACCARGGUGACGCGCCUCUCCUUCGACAGUGCCUACAAGGUCAAGUCCAUGAUGUACCACGAAAGCCCCUGCUCCAACGGUUACAUCUACAUCCCUGUGGCCUUCAUGGUCAUGCUCUACGUGGUCUACCUGGUGGAGUGCUGGCACUGCCACACCCACAACCAGCUACAGCACAAGGUGAACGUGGAGAGUGUGGGAGAGCGUGUUGGGCGCAUGCAGCAGGCCACGCCCUGCAUCUGGUGGAAGGCCAUCAGCUACCACUAUGUGCGGCGGACGCGACAGGUAACACGCUACCGUAACGGAGACYCAUACACCACCACGCAGGUGUACCACGAYCGCGUCAACACGCAUGUGGCCGAGGCGGAGUUCGACUACAGCAACUGCGGUGUGAAGGACAUAUCCAAGCAGCUGCAGGGCCUAGACUGCUUCCCUGUCACCAAGCUGAGGUUCACCAAGUGCUUUAGCUUCGCCAACGUGGAGUCGGAGAACGCCUACCUGACUCAGCGGGCCCGCUUCUUCACUGAGAAUGAGGGCCUGGACGACUACAUGGAGGCCCGCGAGGGAAUGCACCUGAAGAAUGUAGACUUUAAGGAGUACAUGAUUGCCUUCUCGGAUCCGGACCACCUGCCCUGGUACGUGUCCAACUACGUGUUCUGGACGGCCGCCGCCUUCACCUUCUCCUGGCCGCUGCGCGUGCUAACCGAGUACCGCACGGCCUACGUCCACUACCACGUGGAGAAGCUGUUCGGCUUCGACUAUGUCCCUGUCACGCCAUCUGAGGAGCGACCAUACUGCCACCACAUCCCUCGGGUCAACACCAUCGACAGCACCGAGUUGGAGUGGCACAUCCGCUCCAACCAGCAGCUGGUGCCCAGCUAUUCAGAGGCUGUACUCAUGGACCUGGCUCAGCUCUCGUCAGGUGGCGGUGGCAAUGCCAACACCUACUCAGUGUGCGGCGGCUACGGCAGCUACCGGCAGAACUGCGAGCGCUGCCACCGCACCAUCAGCAGCUCGUCCAUCUUCUCACGCAGCGCCCUGAGCAUCUGCACUGGGACUAGCCCGCGCAUCCCCUUCAGCGGCAGCCGCUUCUCGCUGUCGCGGCUGUACGGAUCGCGGCGCAGCUGCCUGUGGCGGAGCAGCGGCAGCCUCAAUGAGACAUCGUGCCCCACAGAGAGCACGCGCUGCCUGACGCCGUCGGGCCAGCUGACUAGCGAGGAGAAUCCGCCGGACUACCAGGACGCGCUCUACUUCCCUGUGCUCAUCGUGCACCGCAAUGAGGGCUGCCUGAACCACUCGCUGCACAGGAACGGAUCCUGCGUGGAGACCUCUAUAUGACCCAGCGCUGGGCCUCCCAGUCCAGACCUGAACAAGGAAUGUAAUGUUACUGUCCUUUCUCUGGGAGGACACUGACUGGAUAAUGAACCUUCCUUUUGGAUCUUUGUUUUUCUUCAAUAGACCACAGAACACAUGACACACCAGUGGCAUUCCGGAACCCUUCCAGACCUCUUCCAGCACUGUUUAUCAAAGACAGUACUGAGUUAAAUGCACAUUUUGAAUGCUCACUCCAACCUUUCCAUAACUUCCUUUGCAGCCCAGCUCAUCUCACAUGAGAUGCCCUCCAGUGAUAUGUUCAUCAUAGUAAGUAAUAGACUAUGUAACUAUCUCAAAGCAUGUAUGAAAAAAKCACAUUCAUAGGCAAAAUCAGACAGUCUGCGACAAAUGGACAUAAUGAUCUGAGAAUGAUAUUUGGAAGGACAUAUGUUGCGCGGAAUGCACACCACCACRACCAUUCUGGACCAAUCACAAUGCUCUGUUCAUAUCAGUUUGAGUUUCCUUAACCAAAGUGUCAUGUUAGCUUCCACACUAUCUAUAAAUAGAGAACAUGAAAAAGCAAGGUACACUAACAGACAUUUGGCCUGAGAAUAAACUCCACCUUAAAUCGUAGUGCAUUUUGCUGUUGUCAUAACCAGGUAGCAAAGAACUUCAAUUGGAACAUCUGUUUUCGAAGUUGGAUAAAAUMUGUUAUUUUGUAAGAGUCUUAGAAGGGAUGUCUUGUGACUGAAAAUCCCCAACACAGCUCAAGACAGCUCAACGGUAGAGGCCUCCAACACAGCUCGACUAGAGACCUUCAUUGGAGAUGACUCAUAAGUGGGGCAUGAGUUUAAGGAACAUAAACAUGAUUUAUUCAAGCCUUAGAGAGCAAUUUGYAGAUGGGAAGGAAAACCAUGACGCCACAUUAAAUAAUUGAGAGCAAGAAAAGUUUAAAACAUCUGACAUAUUUUUCUAGUAAAUGCAUUACUGGAUAUUUUAAAUUAUGUUGCAGAUAUCAAAGUAAAUUCAUACAGUCUAUAAUUAGUUUCCAUCUAGCUCAUGGUUCUCAAUGAAAAGCCUUAGACGCAGAUCUACAUUUUUUAUUAAAACAUUACAAUUUGGGGCUAUAUGAUGGUGUAGUUGUUUGUUUUGAGGCCAACAAGAGAUCUUUUUACGGAAUUAAUGUUCUUUCAUGAUAAUGAUGAUGAUGUGAGAUACAGCAGUUAKAACAUCCAGUUAAUUAGCAACGGGAAUCAAAUAUCACAGGAUGCAAUAACAUUCCCACUUCCUGACCCUCUAAAUAUAGUAACAUAGUCAGAUAUAUGAAUAAUUUAGAUCAGGAGGACUAAAUGGUACAAAUACUUCAAACUGAAUCCAUGAGAGAAGUGUUUCAUCGCAUUAUUUUCCUUACUGUCAAUAUUACUGUGUCACUCUUCACUACAUGUUAAUGCAUUUCUGAUUGACUAAUACAUACAACAUCAAUGUGAUUAUAUCAUGUCAGCUCAGCUGUCAAUAAUAACCUCAGCAUUGCAUAUCUCCUAUUUCCAAUUAAUAUUUUAACACAAAAUUAUUAUUAAUUACUAUAUGAACAAUAAUUUCCUUCAAACUACCUCUUCUUUGUUUUCGUGAUUUAAGUGCCUGACUGUGGGUGCUUUAAAGUUUGGCUUAAAAUCACACCUAAACCACAUAGCACACCUACCCAUUCAUCCAAAACUACACCUAAACCACAUAGCACACCUACCCAUUCAUCCAAAACUACACCUAAACCACAUAGCACACCUACCCAUUCAUCCAAAACUACACCUAAACAACAUACUGUAGCUCACCUACCCAUUCAUCCAACCAACCAACCAACCAACCAACCAACCAACCAACCAACCAACCAACCAACCAACCAACCAACCAACCAACCAGAAAUACAAAGGCAGCAACAGAGCAACUCAACUUUCACUGCAUCUCUUCUAGGUAGCAAUAUACUGAUGAGACAGGACAUUUAAUUGAGGCUGGCACCAAUGAUCAGGCCUUGAAAACUUCAAGAUGUGCUUUGUCUAUUGUCAGAAAAAGUAGGUUUAAAAGCAGGACCACGUGCUGAUUCUGAUGAUGCCUAUCAGAAACAGCCAGACAGCCAUCACAGAGACCCAAAAUAGACUGAGGGCUGUGUUCAAACACUGAUAAUGUCAGCUUUAAUAAUAAACCAGGAGGAUUUURGAAGAUCUGAGAAUAAACAUGAUCACAACUGAUCAAAUGUUCUAUGUACUAAUGGCUUAUUUCCACUAGCAAAGUUUCAAAGCAAGGCAAGGUAAAUAAUAUUUUAAAAUAAGUUCAAUAAAUGUGUAGAAUUCACACCUAGGACCAAUCACUUAUAAAGUACACAGAAAGGUUGCCCAGCUCAUGAAGUGAAAAAUCCAACCCACUUCCCCCAGUCCACUGAAAUAUACACACACAUUUUGUAAAUAACUCUUUAAAUGGUUUUGAAGGUAGCGGUCAAAGGGCUUUGUUGCUGUGAUCAAACUAAAGCUAACCCUAGGAGCUGGAGUGAAUAUGGCCCGGGAUAAGAGCUAAGCUGACAGCUAGCCAGUCACUUCUGGCCCAGAGGCCUCUGCUAUUUAAUAGAAAACAACUCUGAUGAAUUCAGGGUGACGGCAGAGCUCAGUAAUCUAUGCCCAGGACUCACACUUACAAUUCACACAUUGUUAUUAGAUCUAUAUACACAAAGGAUAGAUAGGCCUUUCUCCAUUUUAUGUAUCCUGCUGACCUCAGAUUCUCACAGCAGAAAUGACUAGCAUUAUUGACUGAUGUGGAUAUGUGAUUGAAUUGACUGUAAACAUUUGAUUGACCACUUAAUAAUCUAAUGCUGUCAAAGAUAAACUCAUUCUGCUCAUUUUGAAAAAACAUACACCUAUUUUGUGAAAUCCGGUGAUCAUCCCAUGAACAAAAAUUGCAUUAACAAUAUACUGGRAGAUCUCUUGCAGAAAGUGUAAUAGCAUUUCUUUCUCUUGAUGCGUUUCUUCCUUGCACCCUACUACCUUUAUAACGUCACUUGCCAUUUUAGGGAACUAGAUGCGAAGCAAUUAAAGGAAGUUGUUCAACCUCAAUCCCAUUUUCUCGACAACAAACCAAAAACACUUCAUCUAUACAAUAAAGCAGCCAACAAAAAAUACACACCAGUCAUAACCAUAAGACACAGAGUCCUGUCUGGUUAGUUGUGGCUCACCUCAUCUAAAGCGCAUCUAUGCAACCCCCAUAACCAACUCAGGAGUGUAGUCAGGUUAUCCACCUUACAUUUGUCAUAAAUUCUACCCCUMAACCUUUUCUUAUUAUCCCUGUCAGCUGACUUGACAGUGCCGUUUGAUUUGUUUUCCAGAUAGGAGGCUAUGAGGAUGCACUUAAGUGCCCAUAUUCACAGUCUCAGAGUAGGAGUGCUGAUAUAGAAUCAUUUUUGCCUUUAGAUCAUAAUGAAAAAGGGGAGACCUGAUCCUAGAUCAACACUCCUAGGUGUAGGUCUGCUCUGCAGUUCCUUAAAGUGUCAGAGGCUUUGACCGUGUGUAUCAGCUGAAACGAAUGGUGUCCUUUAUGGUGUUUUAAUCACAGCAUGUGACGCAGCUCUGUAACCAUACUGAUGCUCCUAUAGCAGAUGAUGGAAGGAAGGUUAUUCUAGCCUAGCUGGAGGUCACAGACGUCAUGGGAAGCACAGUUCACUCAGUCACAGAAUGCCCUCUUUUUCAUUAGAAGACUUUCAGAGUUUUGAUGAGCUCUCUUUAUUUAGAUCACUCCUAUUAUGUCUGAGAUGGGUUGAAGUUUGGAAACAACAGAUAGUGAAGAGUUUUAGAUUUCAACAAUGGUCAAAAAAAGAUAGUGAUACCGGCAUUAUAUUACCAACAUUUACAUUACAGACUCAAUAGUCCAUUGCUCACUGACCAGCCUCUCACUAAUAAAAAAAAAGUUCAGUUAAUGUAGAUAAAACAGUUAUAUCAGAUGGCUUCACUGUGAUAUGUAAUUGUGUACAAAUAAAAGUGUUUAACAGUGCUAUGUUUACUAACCAUAAAACAAUAAAUAGUAUACAAGUACAGAAAACCAAGGUUAUCAAACUGAGUUUUUUAGUGACAAUUCAGAAAACUGAAAAUCUUUUCCUACCACAGACUGUUGACUUCAAACCCUUUAUAAUAAUGUAACAUAGAACUAGGCUUGCAAAAUUCCGGUAACUUUCCCCKAAAUCCCGGUUGGUAGAUUCCCAGAAAKAGGAGGGCAUAACCAGGAAAUCCUGAAUCUUCCAACCAGGAUUUCUGAAAAACCUGGGAAUUUUGAGAAAGUUAGCGGAAUUUUGCAACCCUACAUGGAACCCUUUAUUGUGUGUACAAAGUGGAGUAAUACCUUAUAAUACUGUAUGUACUCUCACACCCAGAAUGCUUUUGGGGCUCCUCUUUUUAUAAUGUUGUGUAUAAUUUUGUGGCUUAAAACAGGAUUGCAGGAGAACGAUUUUGUACUGUAAGUAAUACAGAGAUUGUAGGUUAGGACUGUUGUCGUGUUUCUUGUGCUUAGUCGAUUGUGUCACCAAUAAAUGCAUAAAAUGUGGUGUUUUAUUCACAAACACUGCUAAUCCUCAAAUGUACUCGACAACAGGYAAGUGUUUCGGGUUUGCAGAUCAACAAUCGACACAUUUCUAUAUAAAAUGGUGUUGUACAAGGAAAAUGAAUCUUGUAAAUACAGUACAAUUUCAAUUGCAGACCCUGCGGCCAAUCUGAUGCUGUAUGAGCUAUACACUUACUUUGCAAUGGCAGAGCACUGUUGAUUCUUUCCUUCGACGUUAUUGAUACGUUGUAACACUCUUUCUUGAUAGGGGAAAGGCUGGAAGAGAUUACACAUUUUUGUAUGGAGGUCAAAGCCGCAMAUUUGAGUGCAGACAACUUUUUACAUAAGGAAGCCAACCGCUGACUUAUUUGAUCAAUAUUCCACUAUCUUAGACUGUCAUUCAGGCUAGUUACAUGGGUUGCGUKCCAAAUGGCACCCUAUUUCCUAUGUAGUGCUCUACUUUCAAACAUAUCCCUCUGGGUUUGCAGAUCUAUGUGUUCUGGGCCUUGGUCAAAAGUAGUACACUCUCUYGGGAAUAGGGUGCCAUUUGAGACACACUUAUUGUUAAGUUUAUUCUGAUCAUACUGAGAACAUUGCCCUGCCUGCAUUAUUUUUACUCUCUCAAUGUCAUAGAUUGCUGGUCCUUGCAGCAAGAUCUACAGUCAGGAAACAUGUUUUGUACUGCCUAGGUAAGGUGGAUCACAGGUUGAGUGUGUGACUACUAAAUAAUAAAUAUAGGGGAAAACUGCAAGUUUGCAUGUACAGUUGAAGUCGGYAGUUUACAUACACCUUAGCCAAAUACAUUUAAACUCAGUUUUU